GGCCCCUCCCUGGCCGGCCCCCCUUCUGCCCGCCGAGGGGCUGCUCGCUCUCCCUCUCUCGGGGUGAGUCUCGCCGUGGGGAGAAGGGGGGGGGGCUGGUCAGAUCCUGCAGGGGGGGAGGCCCAAAUCGGGGGGGCGGGGGGGCCAGGGCUCUGCCCCCUGGGGGAGGGGGGGGAGGCUGCGGAUAAAGCCCUGUAUUCUCAAUAAAGAGUGGAGGGGGUGUAUCCCUCCUCUUCACAAGGUUUCAUGUAGAUGUUGAACAGCAUAGGGGAUAGGAUCAAGCCCUGAGGAACCCCACAUUGAAGGCUCCAUGGGGCUGACAAGCACUCCCCAAGUAAUGCCCUCUGGGAACGCCCAUCCCAGUAGGACCAGGACCACCGAAAAGGGGGGCCACCCACCCCUAACUGGGACAGGCGCUCCAGGAAGAUGCCACGGUUGAUGGUAUCAAAAGCCGCUGAGAGGUUGAGGAGAAUUAAGAGGGACAUGCUUCCCUUGUCUCUUUCUUGACAGAGGUCACCAUACAGGGUGACCUGUAUGUUUCAAGGAAAUCAGUUUCCUCUAAGAGCGCCUUCAUCUGGUCCUUGACCACCCACUCCAGAACCUUGCUCAGGAAAGGGGGAUUAGCAACUGGCCAGUAGUUACCGUAUUUUUCGCUCUAUAACACGCACCCGACCACAACACGCACAUAAUUUUUAGAGGAGGAAAACAAGAAAAAAAACAUUCUAAACGAAACAGUGGGUGUAUGAUUUUUGUGCUUCAUGCUGUGGCCACAGACAUGUGAUCUGACGGUGAGUUGGGGUAGCCCAAUGCAAAAAUCCUGAGGAUCCAUGUUUGUAACCACGUUUUUGCACCACUGCGGCCCCAGGCAACAGUGAGUGCGUGGUUUUUUUGGUGCAAACUGUAGCCAUCGACAUGCUAUGUGAUCUGAUGGUGAAUUUGGGGUGACCCAGUGCAAAAAUCCUGAGGAUCCAUGUGGAUCUGUGCUUUGUAACCACGUUUUAAGUGGGGAGGGAAGGAAAAGCUCUCAAGGGACAAGGAGCACGCAUGGGGUGGGUGGAGAAGGAUGCUGCUAAUAAUGCAGAAGAGGGGUUUAAGGGGAGAAGGUUCGUCUCCUCUCCCGCUUUGCUUCUUUAAAGCAAGCAGGCUCUGCUUCUCUUCCUCCUCCCCACCCCCCGCUUAGCGAGCUGAAAAUUACCGAGCUGAGUGGGGAGGAGAGAGGGACAGAGAGCCUGCUUGCUUUAAAGGAACCAACCGGACAGGAGCCGCUUACACUCAUGUAAGCGGCUCCUCUCCUCUCCCGCUUUGCUCCUUUAAAGAAGCAGGCUCUCUGUCCCUCUCUCCUCCCCACUCAGCGGCUCUUCUCCUGCUAUGCGAGCCACGGAGGAGGGAAGCAUUACCUCCAUAACAGGCACAGAGAUUUCCCCUUACUUUCUAGGAGGAAAAAAAUGCGUGUUAUGGAGCGAAAACUACGGUAGUUCGAUUUUCUUUUUUUUUUUUAAUGAUAUUUAUUAAGGUUUCAAUAAAAGAUUAAACAGAAAAACAUAAAAAAGAAAUACACAAUUCAAAAAUGCACAAUACAUAAAUCAAAAAACAAAAAACAAAAAAAAAGACAAAAAAGAAAAAGAACAGUUACAAACAAUAUCACCUUUUCAUUUCCAUUUUUAAAUUUACUUAUUUUCUGGACCUCCUCAUACCUCCCUCUUUUGUAUUCCAGUUCAAAUUGUUUGUCCAGCAAUUUCUUUCCCACUUUUUUAAUCCCAAUCUUUAAUCUUAAUAUAAUAUAACAUUAAAAUUUUACCUCUUAAAAACCAAAUUUCCAUUUCCUUAAACUUCUUUAAUCCUAAUCCUUAAUCUUAGUCUAUCUAUAACUUUGAAUCCUGUACAGCUGGAAACCACUUAUUUUCAAUCGAACAUCACUCUAACAUUCUUUAAUUUUGCAGUGUUUCUGCAGAUAGUCUUUGAAUUUCUUCCAAUCUACCUCCACCGACUCUUCUCCCUGGUCACGGAUUCUACCAGUCAUUUCCGCCAGUUCCAUAUAGUCCAUCGGUUUCAUCUGCCAUUCCUCCAGUGUGGGAAGCUCUUGUGUCUUCCAAUACUUUGCAAUGAGUAUUCUUGCUGCUGUUGUCGCAUACAUAAAGAAAGUUCUAUCCUUCUUUCCCACCAUUUGGCCGACUAUGCCCAGGAGAAAGGCCUCUGGUUUCUUGGGGAAGGUAUAUUUGAAUACCUUUUUUAAUUCAUUAUAUAUCAUUUCCCAGAAAGCCUUAAUCUUUGGGCACGUCCACCAAAGGUGAAAAAUGUACCUUCAGUUUCUUUACAUUUCCAACAUUUAUUAUCGGGCAAAUGAUAGAUUUUUGCAAGCUUGACUGGAGUUAUGUACCACCUGUAUAUCAUUUUCAUAAUAUUCUCUCUUAAGGCAUUACAUGCCGUAAAUUUCAUACCUGUGGUCCAUAACUGUUCCCAGUCAGCGAUCAUAAUGUUGUGUCCAACGUCUUGUGCCCAUUUAAUCAUAGCUGAUUUUACCGUUUCAUCCUGAGUGUUCCAUUUCAGCAGCAAGUUAUACAUUUUUGACAAAUUCUUAGUUUUGGGUUCUAACAGUUCAGUUUCUAAUUUUGAUUUUUCCACCUGGAAGCCAAUUUUCUUGUCCACUUUAAAUGCCUCCAUUAUCUGAAAAUAAUGAAGCCAGUCUUGCACUUUGUUGUUUAGUUUUUCAAAGCUCUGCAAUUUCAGUCUAUCUCCAUCUUGUUCCAAAAUUUCCCAAUAUUUCGGCCAUUUGACCUCCAUAUUGAGCUUUUUCAAGGCUUUCGCUUCCAUUGGUGACAGCCACCUUGGGGUUUUGUUUUCUAAUAAAUCCUUAUAUCUUAUCCAAACAUUAAACAGCGCUUUCCUGACAAUGUGGUUUUUAAAUGCUUUAUGUGCUUUGACCUUAUCAUACCAUAGAUAUGCAUGCCAUCCAAAUACAUUGUUAAAACCUUCUAGGUCCAAAAUGUCAGUGUUUUCAAGAAGUAGCCAUUCUUUCAACCAGCAAAAAGCUGCUGAUUCAUAGUAAAGUUUGAGGUCUGGCAGGGCAAAUCCACCUCUUUCCUUUGCAUCCGUUAGUAUUUUAAAUUUUAUUCUGGGCUUCUUGCCCUGCCAGACAAAUCUAGAAAUAUCUUUCUGCCACCUCUUGAAACAAUCCAUUCUGUCCACAAUUUGCAAAGUUUGAAACAAAAACAACAUUCUAGGCAAUACAUUCAUCUUUAUCGCAGCGAUACGGCCUAGCAGUGAAAGCUUCAAAUUUGACCAAAUUUCUAAAUAUUUUUUCACUUCAGCCCAACAUUUUUCAUAGUUGUCUUUAAAUAAAUUCCCAUUUUUUGCUGUCAUGUUAAUCCCCAGGUAUUUAAUUUUCUUAACCACUGUUAAACCUGUCUCAUUCUGAAACCUCUCUCUUUCAAUCGGUGUUAAAUUUUUCUCUAAAACCUUAGUUUUUGACUUGUUCAAUUUAAAUCCUGCCACUUGACCAAAUUCUUGAAUCAGUUCUAAAACCCUUUUGGUACUAGAUUCUGGCUCCUGUAACGUCAAUACUAAGUCAUCUGCAAAUGCUCUCAGUUUGUACUGUUUGGUUCCGACCUGUAUACCUUUAACCAACCGGUCCCUUCUAAUCAUAUUCAGCAAAACCUCCAGGACCGAAAUAAAAAGAAGUGGGGAAAUUGGGCAACCUUGUCGUGUCCCUUUUCAAUUUUAAGUUCUUCCGUCACAACAUUAUUUACAAUUAAUUUAGCCUUUUGUUCUGAAUAAAUUGCACUUAUACCAUUCUCAAAACCUUGGCCUACCCCCAUGCCCUGUAGAUUCUUCUUCAUAAAGCUCCAAGAAAUGUUGUCAAAGGCUUUUUCCGUGUCCACAAAUAUCAAAACUGCUUAGUGUUUAUGUUCACUUCUAGUUUUUCCAGAAUAUCAAUUAUAUUCCUCAAAUUGUCAGACAGAUGUCUUCCUGGGAGAAAGCCCGCUUGGUCUUUGUGAAUCUCUUCCAUCAACACUUUUUUAAAUCUCUUGGCCAAAAUAUCUGCAAAAAUUUUGUAAUCCACAUUAAGUAAUGAUAUAGGGCGGUAGUUCUUAAGCUGUGUCUUUUCAGUCUCUGUUUUCGGUACAAGUGUAAUAUAUGCUUCUUUCCACGACUCUGGUGCUCUUUUCCCCUCCAUUAUUUCAUUGCAGACCUCUUUCAAAGGUUGAAUUAACCAUUCUUUCAAAGAUCUGUAGUAUCUAGAAGUCAAACCAUCUGGUCCUGGAGAUUUUACGGUAGUUCGAUUUUCUGAGCAUGAAGGCUUGUUCAAUGAAUGUUUUACUUCUCCUGGUGGUGUAUCAAUUUUACAACAGAGCAACACAUUUGCUUUGUAGGACUUGCUGGCACCUCUGAUUUGCACAGACAGAACAUGGCAGAAGAUUCCUUCUGAUCUCUUGGAGGCUUCCUGAGAGCACAGAUGGAUCAGCAAGACUCAGCUGGUCCUGAAGCGGGAGGAGACUGUGAUAUGCAAACUUGGAGAAGUGGGGGAUUCUGGGAAAACUCCAUGCAGAAGAUCCUGGGUGAGGAGGACACUCUCUGCUCAGAUGUGCAGAGCCAGAAGGUCAGGAAGUUCUGCUGCCAGGAGGCUGAAGGACCCCGAGAAGUUUGCAGCCGGUUCUGCCAACUAGACCAUCAGUGGCUGAAGCCAGAAAGACAUACUAAAGCUGAGGUGCUGGACCUGGUGAUCUUGGAGCAGUUCCUGGCUGUCCUUCCGGCAGAGAUGGAGAGCUGGGUGAGGGAAUGCGGAGCAGAGACCAGUUCCCAGGCAGUGGCCCUGGCCGAAGGUUUCCUCCAGAGUCAGGCAGAGGAGAGAAAGCAGGUGAGAGAGACUUUUCUCUGGAAACUCCCAAGGGGCUCUGAACAUCUCAAAAUCUCUAGUAUUGACCCAUCCUUUUUUUGGGUAGUACCCAAGGAAUGAGAUCUGAUUCCACUACAGUUUUUAUUCUCUAACCCCUCAUUUUCUCUUUUGAAUCCUUGUUGCUUUUUCAGGGGAAGGAUCUGUUAGCAGAAAUGGGCCCCGAUUCCUUUGAGGCAGAGAGGACUCUGAUGGACACCAGAGAGAGGCCACUGGGUAAGGAAGAAGGAGAAUUUUCACUGUAAUAUUUAGUGGAUUUUGAAGCUAAUAAUUGGGUUAUUUUCAUGUUUUGACGGGAGACGUAUGAGCCCAGAGGAGCGGAGGCAGUAUUUUUACACAAAUAAAAUAUGGGUUAAAGUGUUGAAAUGCGCUUAGCAGGUGAGACUUUUUUCUGAGGGUCAUCUGUAGUUGGAGAUGUACAACUGAACUUCAGAGAGCAGCAUACACUCUAGGUUUCCAGUUAACUUUGUCUCUUGCAGGUGAGAGAACGAUAGCAGCAAGACCUCCUCCUCCAUCUUUUCAUGGUGGCGAAGGGGAAGCAGCGGCUGUGGAACCAGAUCAGGUAUGGGGAAGGAGACUUGUGGGGAAAGAGGCCCAGAGGUGGGGCAGCCAGGGGGCCUUUGAGCCGAACACAUCUCUCUCCUUUUCUUGGCUUCUGUCAAAGUGGCUCUUCACGAUUUCCAUACAUGUAUUGAAUUUUCUGGACGCAGCUGACAAACCAUAAAAAGGUGCCGGGAUUCAUUUAACUCAGCUGCAUAUUUUGGCGCCCCACCUAUUUGCAGAAAGGUGAGUUGCUGUCGUUGGCCUCAUUCUGUCUCGAGAGACCAUGGAGUGCCCCUCCGGGGAUGACGUCAAACUCUUGGAGAAUCACAGCCUUUGCUGUGGCUGCAGAGACCAGUAAACUGGCCUCCUUGGGACAUAAGCCUGGGCAGUGUGGAUGGAGGUCCUGGGCUGCCCAGACGACGAAACCUCACUCUUGGCCUCUCUGACGUCGUCCAAAGGAAAGCAGAGCAAGAUGUUUGGCAUCAGCUGGGCUGUAGGAGUUGCUGGAAGUAGGUGUACAAGGCUCCAUCCAGUCGCCUUAGGGACUCCAUUCCAGAUUUGUGUUGGCUUCACUCCGUAGCCUUUUCUUCUCCCAAAGAUAUCCCACAAGGCGGAGGAGGUUUAGGAUCAAAGUUUUCCUUCUCUUAGUUGGGCUCCCUUCCCAGGUGGACGAACCUCAUCUGCUUCUCUCUUCCCUCUGAAGAACAGGAAGCAACCACCAACUUGACUGUGGGACCUACUUUUGGUAUCUUCUGCUCAAUGUGCUGAAAUGUCUUAGCAUGGACAGGGAAGUCCCUGACUCAUUGGCUCUUCUCACCUGGUUUAGCCGGUCAGUCAAAGCCGUUCCCAGGAUUGUGGCCGCUGUCUCAUCCUGACAGCUUCUAGGAGCCGCAGGUGAGAGUGGAGUGCAGGAUGGGGACCAAAGGUGGACAAACCACCCCAGAAGGAGCAGGAUGUGUCCCCCGCCAAGGGUACUGUCACCCCAUAUGCGCCACAAGGAUGAAUACCCAUCAUUAAAAUACACAAUAAAAGAGUUCCACUUAGAUGUUAAAAUAAGCAUCCAUAUUUAACAUGUGCACAAAACAAUCCCAUUCAAACAUGAUCACAACAAACCAAUCUUUAUGUUGUCUAAGAGGAGGACAUGUCCCUCAUUCUUUUAGGGUCCGGUGUGCUUUGAAGAUGUCGCUGUCCAUUUCACAGACGAGGAAUGGGCGUUGCUGGAUCCUGACCAGAGAGCUCUGCAUAAGGAAGUCAUGGAGGAGAAUCGUGGGAUCGUGGACUCUCUCCGUAAGGCUCCCUGCUGGAUCAUAAGAUCUGUUUUGAAAUUCCAUGCGUAUCUCUAUGUGAUGAACUGCCAAUAUUUUGAUGCAGCUCAAUGGAAGGGUAUCAACUGUUCUCUCUGUGAAUAUUCUUCCUCCAGUUAUGUCUUUUUAAACAAUGACCAGGCUGGUCUGAACUAGCCAGGCCUUCUUAAAUGUAGGCUUCACAGUGUCGUAUUUAUAUGCGUGGAAGUUGCCCCAGGUCGUUUGAUGUUCUUUGAUUCAGAAUAUUACAACUUAUAUAUGCGAUACAUAAAGAACAUCUUACACUCUGAUUUGCUUUACUUCAUUUCCCAAUUUGCAGUUUAAAUAUCCCGAACCUUUACCCCAUAUUUUUACAGUUUUACCAUUAGCUAUUAAAAUUUCACCAUCAACAGUUAACAUUUCACAUACCACCAAUGAAUUUUACAUUGUGACGCAUGAACAUGCUCCUGAGUCAACCAGCCCCACUUCUGACUUCUCAUCUGACGGACUCAUUUCGUGUGGAACGAGAUAACUGUAUCUUCUGGCUCGGUUGCGGUUUGAUUGCUUACUUUGAGAUUUCUUCACCUUUGGAGCUCUGCAAAACUUGGCUGUAUGUCCCUCCUUAUUACAGCUGCAAGAGCGCAGCUGGCAUUGGGGUUUAAACCACUGAGCCUCUUGGGCUUGCCAAUCAGAAGGUUGGCAGUUCAAAUCCCCACCAUGGGGUGAGCUCCCAUUGCUCUGUUCCAGCUCCUGCCAACCUAGCAGUUGGAAAGCACACCAGUGCAAGUAGAUAAAUAGGUACCACUGCAGCAGGAAGGUAAACGGCAUUUCCAUGCACUCUCGUUUCCGUCACGGUGUCCCGUUGCGCCAGAAGAGGUUUAGUCCUGCUGGCCACAUGACCUGGACAAACGCCGGCUCCCUGGGCCUGAAAGCCAGAAGACCGCCGCAAUCCCAUAGUCGCCUUUGACUGGACUUAACCGUCCAGAGGUCCUUUACCUUUGCCUUUAUUAUGGUUGUAGAAAAUAAUAUUUUUAGGAACACUCUUGUUACGUCUCUGAGAAACGAAGCUUGAGUUAAAGAAUCUGAUUGAAGAGUCUUCUCUCCUUUCAAUGCAUUCCUCUGUUAAUUCAGAGUGUUAAAUUUGGAUUGCCAUCCAUUCUGGAUAUGAAAAUGCCCCCCCCCAUCCAAGAAUAUAGCUCACUUUCUGUUCUUCAGACAUAGAAUAUUCUGCCAGCUUUAAUUUUCAAUGAUAGUGAAAAUUCUGUCACAUGGCUCUGGCAAUCUUUCUUUUCUUCAUGUUUUAGACUAAAUAAGUUUCUUAUUAAAUUGCGAUGAAAUCUUGUAAAUCCAUAAACUUUCUUUAAAUUUUCAAGAACUUCUCUGGUGGUGAGACACCUGCCUCAAUACAUAGUAUAACUUCAAGUCUGUCUAACACUAUUCUCAGUCUCCUAAAGGUAAAGGGACCGCUGACUGUUAGGUCCAGUUGUGGCCGACUCUGGGGUUGCGGUGCUCAUCUCGCUUUACUGGCCGAGGGAGUCGGUGUACAGCUUCCAGGCCAUGUGGCCAGCAUGACUAAGCCGCUUGUGGCAAACCAGAGCAGUGCACGGAAACGCCGUUUACCUUUCCGCCAGAGCGGUACCUAUUUAUCUACUUGCACUUUGAUGUGCUUUCGAACUGCUAGGUUGGCUGGAGCAGGGACUGAGCAACGGGAACUCACUCUGUCGCAGGGAUUCGAACCGCCGACCUUCUGAUCGGCAAGCCCUAGGCUCUGUGGUUUAACCCACAGCACCACCCACAUCUCCUAUUCCACUUUAAAAUUUCCACUAUCCAUCCUAAAAAAAUCUUUCUUCUUCUCAAUCUGCCAAUUGUUUUUGAGAGAAUAAUUAAGAGAACACUAACAUCAAGUGGUCAAAAUAUUAACAUCAGUUUCUGAUGGAGAACCCUUUUUCUGCAGUACAGCGGACGCUCAGGUUGCGAACGUGAUCUGUGUGGGAUGCACAUUUGCAACCCACAGCGUUUGCAACCCACGUUUGCGCACGCGCGGGUUGUGAUUCGGUGCUUCUGCGCAUGCACAAAGCGUGAUGUAGCGCUUCUGCACAUGUGCGACUGCCGAAACCCAGAAGUAACCCAUUCCUGUACUUCCGGGUUUAGGCGGUCCGCAACCCAAAAAAAUGCAACCUGAAGCGUCUGUAACCUGAGGUAUGACUGUAUUUAUAUGCGUGGAGGUUGCCCCAGGUUGUUUGACCCUUUAAAAAAAUAUAGCUCUUUUUCCCUCCUAGGAAAGACUGUGCAAGAUUCUUUGUUUAGAGUUUAAGCAGAACACAUUAUAUUACUUGAUAUACUAAAACAUGUUUACAUGUGCUUAUAUCCAGUUUAUAGAUAUGUAUUAUUUAUUGAUUUUGAUUAUUUAUACAUUUAAUCCAUUCGUUAUUCAAGACAUAAUAAGCGACACACAAAAAGCCAAAAUAAUUCAACACUAAAUAAUACUGCCACAUUCAGUCUUAAGAGUGACUGACAUGUGCUUCUAUCUAUAUGAGACUUUACGGACUUAUUCUGAGGCACAUAGCAGCAUAAAACAGGCAGCAGCUGCUCUCACAGAAAAUCUCUCUCUUUCUCACUCGACCUAAUGGGGGGAAAUUGCCUCCUGGAGUGACAGUCACCCUUUCCACAGGAUUUUGGAGGCAACAUUCACACACAGAGUUGUUAGGGAAGUUGAGGUAAUUUCUGUCAGGUUUUGGGUUUUUGUUUUAGCCUCUGCCCGUUUUUUAAAGAGAAGACCAAUGUCAGAGUUGGAGUGGAUUUCAUGAUUGUGGCAAACAAAAUCCGUCCUAGAAAAGAGCCAGACUUUUUGAACCUCUGGUUCCCAUAAAUAUGUCUGUGUAUGCUGGGCCCAGGGGUAACCUGUGAAACACGGUCCAGGUCCAAUCCAGAAUCCAAAGGUUCCUCUGGGAGUCAGUCCAACAAGGCCAAAGCAGGACACGAGGCAGGAAACCAGGCAAGGACAGGUACAGGAUCUCAGGCAGGAUCUAGCAUACAGCAAUGUUGCUCCCACAACCUGGGGCGGGGUCCGACAGCCUUUUAUCUUUGUCAGGGUAGGGGCCAGUCCUGAUCCCCUGGUGACUCAUCUCCCUGUUUCGCCCAAAGGCGAGCACUCCUCCUGCGAGUACUCAGGUCUCUCCUUCUCUCAGACCUUAGUCUCUGCAGCUCAGGAGAUGUCGGUGGGUUACUAGACCCAGAGGCCGCCUCAGCCUCCACUGACCAAACUGGUAGUGGAGCAGCUGUAAGUGAUGGCCCAGCUGAAGGCAACGAGAUAAUCCCCGCAUCUGGAGCCAGGGCAGACUCAGGCCCCUGACUUGGCCCAGCUGGUGUUUGUUGCAGGGGAACCUGUGCAGACUCAGGCUCUUCAGAAUCAGGCCCCAGACUUGGUUCAGAUGCCGCCUAGGCGAAGGAUCCAGUGCAGCCCGAGUCCCAGGCCAUCAUACUGUGAAUGCUAUUCAACAAAGGCAAUGAUCUCUGUAGGAAGACCUCACAUCUUCCAUUCUUUCUCUUUCACAAACAUUCAUUAGCAGUGUUUAAUAAUUGGGGCUCGCAUUUCUUCCUGAGGAUCUAAUUAGUUUCUCUCUUAAUUGUAGGUGGUGAUGGAUUGGAAAUGAAGAAUGGGGGAGACCACAACAUAACCCACACAGUGGAGAAGCCAUAUCAAGAUUGGGAGUGUGGAGAGAGCUUCAGUCAGAGCUCCCGUUCCCAUCGAAGAAAGCACAGUGGGAAGAAAGGCUAUCAGUGCUCAGAAUGUGGGAAGAUCUUCACUCGUAGUGCCACUCUCACUUCCCAUCAAAGAAUUCAUACUGGAGAGAAACCUUAUCACUGCUUGGAAUGCGGUAAGAACUUUAAUACAAUACCAAACUUCCAUCGACAUAAAAGUAUUCACCGUGAGGAGAAAUCAUAUCAGUGCUUGGAAUGUGGAAAGGGAUUCAGGUGGAAGAGUAGUCUUGAUUCCCAUCAAAUAAUUCAUACAGGGGAGAAUCCCUAUCAAUGCUUGGAAUGUGGGAAGAACUUUAAUAGAAGCACAAGCUUCCAUCGACAUCAAAGAAUUCAUCGUGCGGAGAAACCCUUUAAAUGCCAAGAGUGUGGAAAGAGGUUCAGUCAGAGCACGAAAUUCGUUGCCCAUCAAAGAACUCAUAGUGGGGAGAAACCCUAUAAGUGCUUGGAAUGUGGGAAGAGUUUCAGUCAGAGGGUGAAUCUCACAUCCCACCAAAUAAUUCAUACAGGGGAGAAACCUUUUCAAUGCCUUGAGUGUGGAAAGAGCUUUAGUCGCAGCUCCCAUCUCACUUCCCAUCAAAUGAUUCAUACAGGAGAGAAACCAUAUAAGUGCUUAGAAUGUGGGCAGAGCUUCAUCCAGAAGGCAAGGCUCACUUCCCAUCAAAUAAUUCACAGUGGGGAGAUACCAUUUCGAUGUCCAGAAUGUGGAAAGAGCUUCACAAGGAAGGAAGGUCUCAUGCUCCACCAAAGAAUUCAUACAGGGCAGAAACCAUUUCAGUGCUUGGAAUGUGGAAAGAGCUUCAGUCGGAACUCCUAUCUCACUUACCAUCAAAGAAUUCAUACAGGGGAGAAACCGUUUAAAUGUCAAGAAUGUGGAAAGACCUUCAAUCAUAAGGUAAGUCUCACAUCCCAUCAGAGAAUUCAUACAGGGGAGAAACCAUAUCAGUGCUUGGAAUGCGGAAAGAGCUUCAGUCACAGAGCCAAUCUCACAUCCCAUCAAAGAAUUCAUACAGGGGAGAAACCCUAUGAGUGCUUGGAAUGUGGAAAGAGCUUCGGUCAGAGGGUGCAGCUCACUUCCCAUCAAAUAAUUCAUACAGGAGAGAAACCGUAUGAGUGCUUGGAAUGUGGACAGAGUUUCAGCCAGAAGGCGAGUCUCACUUCCCAUCAAAAAAUUCAUACAGGGGAGAAACCAUAUCAAUGUUUGGAAUGUGGGAAGAGCUUCAGGACGACCAACCAUCUCACUUCCCAUCAGAUGAUUCAUACAGGGGAGAGACCAUAUAAGUGCUUGGAAUGUGGAAAGAGCUUCAGUCACAACCACAAUCUCACUUCCCAUCAAAGAAUCCAUACUGGGGAGAGACCUUACCAGUGCUUGGAAUGUGGAAAGAGCUUCAGUUGGAAAGAAGGCCUCAAUUCCCAUCAAAUAAUUCACAGCGGGGAGAUACCAUUUCGAUGUCAAGAAUGUGGAAAGACUUUCAGAAGGAGGGCAGGUCUCAUGGUCCAUCAAAAAACUCAUACAGGGCACGAACCGCAUUAGAAAUUGGGAAACAGCUUCCCUUCCAAGAGGAGUCUAGCUUCCAAUGAAGAAAUUCAUACAGAGUGAAAGCAGAUCAGUGCUUGAAAUGUAGGAAAGGCUUUAAUAAAAGCACACACUUCCAUCAACAUAACAUUAGUCACCGAGGGCAGAAACUAUUUCAGUGCCAAGAAUAUGGAGGGAGUUUCAGUCAGAAGGAAAAUCUCACACCCAAUCAAAAAACUCACAGCAGCAAGAAGCCAUCUCAGCACAUGAAAUGUGGAAAGAGAUUGGUUAAGAGGGCCAGUGUCAUCGCAAUAGGUAUAUAUAGGAUUUAAUUUGGGGAGACUUUGAUUAGUAUGCGGGCAAGGAUUGGAAGAAUGUUCUUGUCAUUCAGCAACGCAGCAACGGAACUUGACCAGGGGGGCAUUUUUGUCAGUGUCUCACGUAUAUCCUCAAGCAGGUGACCUUUUCUUCUUGCCCAACUGAAGUGUGGAAGAAAUAAGGAGUGUGUGUUGUGUUAGACUGGCAUCCGGCACUCUUCCCUGUGCCUCUGAGCCUUUGGACUUCCCCCUGGCUCCAAGCAGAGUUUCGCAACAGCGGUAUGUGCCCUGUGUGGGUGCAAUAAAUAACAGUCCGUACGCAAGCUAAGAAGCUUUAAUUUAUGUACAGCAUAGCAAAAUAAAUCAUCCGGGAGAAAGAGCAAACAUCCUCCCGUUUGUCAGCGGGAAACGAAAGUAACUCACACACAAAGAAACAUUCCCGUAUGUGAACAAGCCGCACCUCAGUAGGCAGGGAUGAUGCACAGAACUGUUUAACCCUGCAAGUUCUGAUUUUCCUCACACACCCUCUCGUCCCGCAUACUGAGGGAAACUGUAAGUACAACCACUUACCCCAAAAACAACCCUUCACAGAACUCCCCAUGAUGCUGGAAGCUCAAGGGUUUAGUGAACCCAUCUGCCAGGUUCUCCUGGCUUGGACAGUACUUCAGCCGCACCAAGCCUGCCUGGACACUUUGACACACAUUCUGGAGAUGUAUGUCCAAAUGUUUGGUUCUGGACUUUACUCUGCCAACUUCAGACAGGGUUGAUUGUCUUCCCAAACAGUAAUGGGCAAGCAACAAUCCCCACAGAUCUCUUGGACCAAACACCGGUAGAACUCCAAUUCCCUACACAAAUCAGCCAACACACCAAACUCAGCUUCAGUAGAGGAAAGCGCAAUAAGACUUUGCUUUUGGGACUUCCACCCAACUAGAGAUUCCCCAAACUUCACUACCAUCCCAGACACCAAUUUUCUGUCUCCAAUAUUUGCCCAAUCGCUGUCAGUCCAGCACGUGAGCCGUGCGUCACCAUCAGCUGACAACGUGAGGCAAAAAUCUUUGGUAUCCUGCAAAUACCUUAGCACUCUCUUGAUGCCAAGCCAGGCACUCACACUGGGCUUUGUAGCCACCCGGCUGAGCGGGUUCACAGCAAACGCUAUGUCAGGUCUGCUCCACUGGGAGAGAUACAAACAGACUCCCAGCGCUCUUUGAACAACCAGGGUUUUGGAACUCAGAACGACCCCCAAGCUGACUGUCCUUCACGUAGCUCAUCUCCAUGGGCGUUUUGACCCCUGCACAGUCAGACAUCCUGAACUUCUCAAGCAACUGCUCAAUCUUGCCUUUCUGACGGAGCAAAAAACUUCUGUUCUCAUACCUGUCUAUCUGAACUCCUAGGUAAACCUUUACUGGACCAAGGUUUUUGAGCUUAAAAUGUUUCCCAAGCUCUUUGGCAAAACCUUGCACCUGUUUCCCUGUCUGUGACACAUGUAUGAUGUCAUCCACAAACACCAAGACCAGCUCCUGUGUCUCUCCUGACCCCUUCAGGUACAGGCAGCUGUCUGCAAGACUUCUCUGGAAACCCAUGCUUUCCAAAGCAUCAUUCAUAGAAUCAUAGAGUUGGAAGAGACCACAAGGGCCAUCGAGUCCAACCCCCUGCCAAGCAGGAAACACCAUCAGAGCACUCCUGACAUAUAGUUGUCAAGCCUCUGCUUAAAGACCUCCAAAGAAGGAGACUCCACCACACUCCUUGGCAGUAAAUUCCACUGUCGAACAGCUCUUACUGCCAGGAAGUUCUUCCUAAUGUUUAGGUGGAAUCUUCUUUCUUGUAGUUUGGAUCCAUUGCUCCGUGUCCGCUUCUCUGGAGCAGCAGAAAACAACCUUUCUCCCUCCUCUAUGUGACAUCCUUUUAUAUAUUUGAACAUGGCUAUCAUAUCACCCCUUAACCUCCUCUUCUCCAGGCUAAACAUGCCCAGCUCUCUUAGCCGUUCCUCAUAAGGCAUCGUUUCCAGGCCUUUGACCAUUUUGGUUGCCCUCCUCUGGACACGUUCCAGUUUGUCAGUGUCCUUCUUGAACUGUGGUGCCCAGAACUGGACACAGUACUCCAGGUGAGGUCUGACCAGAGCAGAAUACAGUGGCGCUAUUACUUCCCUUGAUCUAGAUGCUAUACUCCUAUUGAUGCAGCCCAGAAUUGCAUUGGCUUUUUAGCUGCCGCGUCACACUGUUGGCUCAUGUCAAGUUUGUGGUCAACCAAGACUCCUAGAUCCUUUUCACAGGUACUGCUCUCAAGCCAGGUGUCCCCAUCUUGUAUUUGUGCCUCUCAUUUUUUUGCCCAAGUGCAAUACUUUACAUUUCUCCCUGUUAAAGUUCAUCUUGUUUGUUUUGGCCCAGUUCUCUAAUCUGUCAAGGUCGUUUUGAAGUGUGAUCCUGUCCUCUGGGGUGUUAGCCACCCCUCCCAGUUUGGUGUCAUCUGCAAAUUUGAUCAGGAUGCCCUUGAGUCCAUCAUCCAAGUCGUUGAUAAAGAUGUUGAAUAAGACCGGGCCCAAGACAGAACCCUGUGGCACCCCACUAGUCACUCUUCUCCAGGAUGAAGAGGAACCAUUGAUGAGCACCCUUUGGGUUCGGUCAGUCAGCCAGUUACAAAUCCACUGAGUGGUAGCAUAGUCAAGACCACAUUUUACCAGCUUCUUUACAAGAAUAUCAUGAGGCACCUUGUCAAAUGCCUUGCUGAAAUCAAGGUAGGCUACAUCCACUGCGUUCCCUUCAUCUACCAGGCUUGUAAUUCUGUCAAAAAACGAGAUCAGGUUAGUCUGACAUGACUUAUUUUUCAGAAAUCCAUGCUGACUAUUGGUGAUCACAGCAUUCCUUUCUAGGUGCUCACAGACUGUUUGCUUAAUGAUCUGCUCCAGAAUCUUCCCUGGUAUUGAUGUCAGACUGACUGGGCGGUAAUUAUUUGGGUCCUCUCUUUUCCCCUUUUUGAAAAUAGGGACAACAUUUGCCCUCCUCCAGUCUGCCGGGACUUCGCCUGUUCUCCAGGAAUUCUCAGAGAUGACUGCCAGUGGUUCUGAGAUCACAUCUGCCAGUUCUUUUAAUACUCUUGGAUGCAGUUCAUCUGGCCCUGGAGACUUGAAUACAUCUAAACUAGCCAAGUAUUCUUGUACUAUCUCCUUAGUUAUUCUGGGCUGUGUUUCCUUUGCUGAAUCAUUUGCUUUAAAUUCUUCAGGUCGGGCAUUGUUUUCUUUAUCGGAGAAGACUGAGGCAAAGAAGGCAUUGAGGAGUUCAGCCCUUUCUGUGUCCCCUAUUUGCAUUUCACCAUCUUCUCCUCUGAGUGACCCCACUGUUUCUUUGUUCUUCCUUUUGCUACGAACAUACCCAUAAAAGCCUUUUUUGUUGCUUUUAACCUCUUUAGCAAGCCUGAGUUCAUUCUGUGCUUUAGCUGUUCUGACUUUGUGUCUACACGUGCUGGCUAUUUGUUUGAAUUCCUCUUUGGUGGUUUCCCCCUUUUCCAUUUUUCUACACAUCCUUUUUAAAUCUUAACUCAGUUAAAAGUUCUUUAGAUAGCCACCCUGGCUUCUUUAGGCACCUUCCAUGUUUCCGUCUCAUUGGUAUUGCCUGACGUUGUGCUUUUACUAUCUCCCUCUUAACAAACUCCCAGCCAUCAUGAACUCCCUUUCCUUUUAGUAUUACUGUCCAUGGGAUCUCACCCAGCACUUCCCUAAGUUUUAUGAAGUCGGCUUUCUUAAAGUCAAGAAAUUGAGUCCUAGUAUGCUUGGCUGCUCCUUUCUGCUGUAUAGUAAACUUCGGAAGAGCAUGAUCACUCGCGCCUAAUGAUCCUUCCACUUCUACCCCACUAACCAGGUCAUCAACAUUGGUUAGGACCAGAUCUAAAAUGGCUGUUCCUCUUGUUGCUUCUCCCACUUUCUGGACAAUGAAGUUGUCUGCAAGGCCAGUGAGGAAUCUGUUUGACCUUAUGCUCUUGGCUGAGUUUGACAUCCAACAAAUAUCUGGGUAAUUGAAGUCCCCCAUUACUACUAUCUCCCUUCCUUUUGCAUGCUUGGCCAUCUGUUCCAGGAAGGCAUCAUCUAUGUCCUCCGUUUGGCUUGGGGAUCUAUAGUAAACUCUCACAAUGAGGUCACUGUAUUCUUUUAUCCCUUAAUUUUGACCCAAAUUCUCUCACUUUGGCUUUGAGGUUCUAAAUCUUGGAUCUCUUCACAGAUAUACACAUCCCUGACAUAUAACGCCACUCCUCCUCCUUUCUUGUCUGGUCUGCUUCUCUGAAAUAGAUUGUAUCGCUCCAUUAUUACAUUCCAAUUGUGGGACUUAUCCCACCAGGUUUCAGUGAUGCCUAUUAUGUCAUAUUUAGUUUGCUGUACCAAGAACUCCAGCUCAUCUUGUUUAUUUCCCAUGCUUUGCGCAUUAGUGUACAGACAUUGAAGUCCAUUAAUCAUUCCCCCGUGUCUCUUAUUUAAGGAUUUUUCCUCCCACCACUAGGUCUGUGUGCUGUUUGCUCCAUUUGGUCUAUGACAUUUGGAUGAUCAUCUUCAUCAAUUGAUAGACUCCUACCUUCAGGAGCACUGUCUCUCUUCCCCACAUUAGUCAGUUUAAAGCCCUCCUGAUGAGGUUUCUGAGAUUUGUGGCAAAAACAUUUCUCCCAACCGUUGUGAGGUGCAGCCCAUCGCUUGCCAGAAGUCCAUCUUCAAGAAACUACAGUCCAUGAUCUAAGAAUCCAAACCGUUCCUGUUUACACCAUUUGCGAAACCAGCUGUUCACUUCCUCUAUUUUCCCUCUCUCCCUGGGCCACGUCGUUCAACUGGGAGGACAGAUGAGAUGACAAUUUGUGCAUUUAAUUGCUUCAAUUUCCUGCCCAGAGCCUCGUAGUCUCUUUUGAUCUUCUGGAGGCUAUUGCUUGCAGUGUCAUUGGUUCCCACAUGAACCAAGUGAAGGGUAUUUGUCAGUGGGUUUUAUGAUUCCUUGUAGUCGUUCAGUUACAUCUUGGAUCUUAGCCCCGGGGGGAGACAGCACACUUCCCGAGACAUCUUGUCAGGCCCACAGAUCACUGCUUCUGUUCCCCUCAGUAGGGAAUCCCCUAUCACCACUACACGCCUCCUCUUAGGUUUGGUCGGGGCUCUUCCGUGAGCUGUCCGUUCCAAGGUCGCCUGCACAUUCCCUGAGGACUGACUUUGCUGCUCGUCUUCAUAUACCUGAUCGACUGUAAUGAGAGAGAUCCUCAAAUGGAGUCUGCUCUUUGUCUUCCAUGCUAGGGGAGAGGACCUCAAAGCGAUUGUGUAUUUCUAAACAGUCAGAGCGAACCCUGGGCCUCCUACUUCUUUGAGUCACGUUUCUCCAUAUAUCUGGCUCCUGUGUUGGUGAACUAGCCUCCUUCUCAGGGGAGUCCCCUGUCUCCUCCUUGGUGGAGACGGUGUGCUCUGUUGCUUCCAAGAAGAGCUCCAGCCUCUAAUUCUUUGGAGCGUAGCUACACGUUCCUCCAGUUGCUGGACUUUGUCUUUUAAGAGGGCAAUCAACAUGCAAUUGCUGCAGGUAAAGCUGCCUGCAACCUUUGGCAAGAUGGCAAACAUUGCGCAGGAACCGCAGGCGACUGCAGCUGUUCCCUCCCCCUCCAUCUUGAGAACGUGUUGUUGGGGGUGGCUACAGUGGUCCUCCAUCAUAAAAAGCGUUAAGACAGGACAACUAACUCCCCUCAAAAAAACCUAGGUCUCCCCAACAAACGUUUGAGACUAGCUCCCUAAAUCUAAAAGAUGGAUCAAACUGUGCACGCUGCCCUGCAAGCUCUGAUAAGCUCCUCCCACAGCUAAUCACCUGCCUCAACAGAAACCCUGCCCCUCUGACCUUUGCACAGGGAGAGCAGCUAAUCAGCCACAAAGAAACAGACACACACACACAAGAAAACCCUUUUUGCUCCUUCUUCAACUGCUGCCCUGCAAGCUCUGAUAAGCUCCUCCCACAGCUAAUCACCUGACUCAACAGAAACCCUGCCCCCUCUGACCUUUGCACAGGGAGAGCAGCUAAUCAGCCACAAAGAAACACACACACACACAAGAAAACCCUUUUUGCUCCUUCUUCAACUGCUGCCCUGCAAGCUCAUACACGUUCAUACACAUGUUCCAAUUUCUGGCUGAUUCUUUCAAGCCAUAAAUGUACUUGUGCAGUUUCCACACAACAUCUGGCUCAUUGCCCUCAAACCCUGGAGGAGGUAGCAUGUACAGAUCCUCCUUCAGGUCUGAGUUCAAAUAAGCCACAUCCACAUCAAAGUGGUGCACUUGGUGCUCUCUUUGUGCAGCUACUGCUAAGCGCAUGCGCAGAGUUUCACUGUGGGACGUAGGAGCAUACACUUUGGUGUAAUGCAGCCCCUUCCGCUGCAUGAAACUUCUGGCUACUCGCCUAGUCUUGUACUGUGGUUCUCCAGUUGCUGUGGGCUUAAUCCUGUAAACCCAGCGACAGCUCACAGCCUGCUUGCCUGCUUGCCUGCUGGCAGCUUCGUGGUGGAGAACACAUCUAGAGACCUCAUUGAGUUCAACUCCUUUCCCAUUGCCUCUUGCCAUUUCCUGGCUUCUGUUUUGGGCAAUUGUUGAACUUCCUCAAAACUCUCUGGUUCGCACUGUGCCAAACCAACCCACACACUAGUGACCUCAAACCUCUCAGGAGGUAUCCCUUUAGUAGUGCAUGUGGAAUGCCUGAUCACUACUUCAGGUGCCCCCUCUGACCCACUGGGGCCAGCUAGUGCGUCCAAGUCACCAGAGGACUCCCCCUCUGACUUACUGCGUCUUCUGAACUUCUGCACUGGACUGGUGGAAGAUGAAGGCUCACUUUUUGGCUCUCUCUUGAUAGCCUGCGGAGAUGCCCUUCCCUGUUCCUGCUCCUGGUCAGAGACCUGAUCCUCAGCAGCAGGUUCAGUGUCAACCUCUCCCUCCUCAGCAGAAUCAAACAGACUCUCUGAGAGAACGUCAGGGUUCCCAUGGAUGCGUGUCCACCCACUCUUCUCACAGAACUCAGCACUCCUGCUGACUAGAACCCUUGACUGAUCGCCUUCUGGAUAGGCAAAUCUCCACCCCUUUGUCCCAGGUUCGUACCCACAAAAGAUAAUUUUCCGGGACCUUGGGUCACCCUUCCUGCAUUGGGCCAUUGGCACAAGAACCCCAGCCUCACCCCAAAAAUGCUGUCCCUCUUCCAGUCAAUGGAGAGACAACAGGUGGCAAGUUAAAAGUGGUCAUUCAAAGGUGCAGGAGUGAGUCUUUGUUUUGAUAUCUCCAAAAGAACCCAAAACAAAGAGUGCAUAAAGCUUUUAUACAACUGUAGGAAACACACAAAUGUGUGCAUGGAGAAGAUAUGCAGAAGUCAGGAUUUUCUUCUCCUUGUCUACAGGGCAGUUGCUUCCUGACCCUUAUCUUGAGCUCAGGCCAGGCGUAAGUGGUCUUGAGGUUGCAACUGGGGAAACAUUUUGCUGUUUCAGCAACUCUGGAUGCUUUGUGGUGGUGACUGUGGGAACGAAGUUAUGCCAACCUGGUACUCGGCUGGGUGUGUGAUGUGCCAACUUCCGGGUUAUGGCUUUCAGGUAUUGUCAUGCCUCCCAGGUAUCAUUCCCCUCCUCCUUUGAAGGAUGUACCAGUGUCAAUACCUGGACUGGUGUAAAUGGAGGGUUUCGUGUGAUAUUCAACAAUAUGCGGAAGCAGAUCCAAUUCCCAAGGAGUAACAACAACCCUCUUGCUAUGCUUGUUAAUGGUGCUUUAACCCUUUUUCGUGUUAGGACAAAAGAAGAGAAAGAGAGAAAAAGAUUAAUGGAAGGGGGAAAGAUUAAAGGAUUUCUGGUGCUCUGUCCUGUAGCAAAACACAUUAUUCACUCAUUCAGAUCCAAGUGUUCUCUAAACCAGAAAAUCCAGAUAUUACAAGUUCCUUUUCUCUUUCACACGGAAACUCCACAAGAAAUGGAAAUGCUUAAUAACUGUCAGUGAUGAUUUGUCUCUAAUUAAGCAUGUUAACUUUGCCAUUUGAGCCAACCCCUAUAGUUUCAUCAGCCAUUCCUGGGUCGGACUGUAUCUUUGCAUCUUUGUGUAUAUAGCAAUUUCGCUGCUGUAAUCCUAUAUUGAAGUAAUCUUCCAUAAUCCUUUUCUAAUUGUGUGUCCAAAAAGUGUCCUGGUUUCAACUGAAUAUUAACUUUUAAAAUCUGCUGUAUCGAUGUAUGUAUUUGAAUGCAAUAUAUAUUUUAGCCUUUUUACAUGUCCGUCCAGCAUGAUAAAAUGUCCCUUUGUGUUCUUGGCAUUCCCAGCAAACAUUUGAAACAUCUUUGUACAUUCUGAAAAGUUUUCCAGGAGUUAAAUACCAGCGACAUCACUUUAUGAAAAAUCUCUUUGAGAUCAUAAGAAAAUGUAAAUUUUAACUCCUUAGUCCACAUAGGUUCCCACUGUUCUUUCCGUAUAUUAUAACCAGAGUUUGUGCCCCUUUCUUUAAUCAUGCAUUCUUUCACCUGUUCUUCAGUCUCAAAUUUCAGCAAUGGUUUAUACAUUUUGCAUCAUUUGUGUACUGUGGAGUUUCAAAGUCUGUCCUUUCUUGCUGUAUACCAUAAUUUUUUUUAUCCAGUUUAAUCCUCUCUACUAACCACAAAUGAGGGAACCAAUCAAGAUUGUAACUGUCCAUUAUGAAUUGCUCCCUUGCUUUCCUGUGAAAAUCCUGUGAACUCAGUUCCGGCACCUCUUUUUCUGGAAACAUAGCACAGGUAAUGCCAAAAUACAAAAUACAGGUAAUGCCCCUAAGGUUGAGCUCCUCUCUUACCUCCCAAGUCCCGCUCCACAAAAUAUAACCCAUAACCUUUAAAAAGAAUUAAAUACAGAUGAUUGUGUAUGCAGUCCAGUGAACAGUUGCAAGGAUAUCUUUUUGUAAUGUCAACAGUCCCAUCUGAAAGCAAGACCAGGACAGAGAACGGUCCUCAAAACAACCACAUGAAAUCAAAAUAAAAUAUUUCAGAAGUUCUUGAAAGGACGUAGCAUUGAUCCAGAGACAGAGGCCACGACGCUGGACUUUGCUGCUUCCAAAGACGAGUCUGGCAGAUGACAGUCUCAGCGCCUGGACUGGGACACCCGGCUUCUAAAAUGGAAUUAAACAACCAUCGCAGAAAUCUUAUCACACCCUUUAACCUGCUUAGUUAUGGGCAGCCCAGUUCUUUAGGUCAAGAAAUCUGAAGUUGGGGGACCUGGAAGGCCCCUGAGACUGUACACACCCUACAUUUGAAGCAAACACACACACACCACAAAACACACCCAUACUUGAAUGUAUUUUAAAGUUGUGUUUUUUAAAAUGUUCCAUUUAUGUGUCUUUGUUAUGUUCCUUUGGUGCAACUUUUUCAGGUUCCCUUUAUAGAUGGAGUGUUGCUACUUCCGUAUCAAAGCAUAAUAUAUUUUAAGGUGUAAUGUUAACAGUAGAAUGCACCAUUUGAUGCACAGUGAUCUGCACUGCUAAAGUAUCAUAAAUGUCGUUUGUCUGGAGAAUUCAAGGAGGCGGGGAAAUCAUUAACCUGCUUGCACGAGUUUAAUGUUGUUUGGAGACCAUAACUCCCAGGAAUUUCAUAUUAGCUAUGUGUUUGUGUGUGUUCAGCACACAGAAUUGUAGGUGAGAUUGAAUAAAAUGCGUCCCAGGAAAUUAACUUUGAUUUCUUAUUCAUUGUUUCGAAUGUGAGUUCACUUACAGAUGAGAAUAGACCCAGUGCCGGAUUUAUGUACAGUGUUACAGUGGUGCCUACGCUUAAGACGAAUGCCUCGCAAGACGGAAAGCCCGCUUAGACGAAAGGGUUUUCCGGUUUAGAACGGACCUCGCAAAACAAAUUUCCUAACCUGUGCUUGCUACUGCAUAGGCGAAAUAGUCUUGCGAGUUCCUGUAGGGUUUCUAUCCUUCCCGCCUUUUCCCAAUGCUGCUAAACCGACUUAUCGAGCUGAUGGCUAGAACCGCUGAUCAGCUGAUCAGUUGUGAAGCAGCUUGAACAGCUGAUGCUAAGACCACCUAUCAGCAGAUCUUUGCAAGCUUAACAGCUGAUGCUAAGCCGCUGAUCAGACUGAUCAUUAAGCGGCUUAACUAGCUGAUGGCUUUAAACGUUAUCAGCUGAUCUAGAUUAAGCCGCUUAGAUCAGCUGAUCUUAAAGACCGGCUAAGUCGGCUAUUACUAGGUAGCGCUUAAUGCCAUGCUAAGACCUCUAAUGGGCUUGGGAUUCGCAAGGACGGAAAGAACCUGCUAGACAAAGAGACUCGAAUUAGAAUACAGAUUCUUUAGGUCUGUGCGAGGCAGCCACUAGUACACUCAAGGUUACAUACGCUGCAAAGAUGGCCCUAUUAGCUAACGUGGUGCUUCAGGUUAUGAAUCAGUUUCAGUGCUUAAGAUACUGGACCUUCCUUGGAAUCAUUAAUUAUAUUACUUAACCUGAUGUGUACUGCUUUAUAGGCUGAAGCUAGGCUGAAGUCAUUAAGGCCACUAAAUCUAGGGGGCCUCCCCAGCCUGCCCGCUCCCCAGCAGGCAGUCUCCUCUCCCCAAAUUGCAAACCCAAGACAACUUGGGCCCAGCAACUCUGAGACUCAGGGCCAGCCAGUGUGGCCCAGUUGAAACUCUGGGGCACAACUUGAAUUUUUUUGUGGGUUCACAGCCAAAGCCUGCAAGAUCUUAGAGAUAUAAAUCUGUGUGCUAGGUCAUUUUCACGUCAGCAAAGCCCUUCAGAAAUCAGGCCUGUUACUGAGUUCUUGUACAAGUUUGUACAGUUCAGUUCUGGAUUUUUGCAACCAAUCUGUAACUAACUGUCUUAUAUGUUCAAAUCUUUUCAAUUUCAAUUGUUGUUCUACUUCUAUGAGGUUGCUCACUUUUCCCAUACACCAUAAAUAGUUUUUCUUGCCAAAUGGUUCAAAAAUACUUUAUGCCAUUUGGUCUUUUCAUACCAUAAAUAUGCAUGCCAACCAAAUCUAUUAUCGUGACCCUCAAGGUCUAAAAUAUCUGUAUUUCUUAAAAGUUAUCCAUUCCCUUAGCCAGCAGAGACAAGAUGCCACAUAAUAUAAUUUCAAAUCCAGCAGAGAUUAUCUUUUGAUCCAUAAAGUGAAACAGUUUUGUUGUUGUUUUAUGUUCCUUUGGUGCAACUUGAUUUUCUGAGGUUCCAUUUAUAGAUUGAGUGUAGUUACUUUUGUAUCAAAGCGUAUCUUUUAAGAUGUAACGUUAACAGUAGAAUGCACCAUUUGAUCCACAGUGAUCUGCACUGCUAAAGUAUCAUAAAUUUCGUUUGUCUGGGGAGUUCAAGGAGGCGGGGAAAUCAUUAACUCGCUUGCACGAGUUUAAUGUUGUUUGGAGAAUAUAACCCAGUAAUUUCAUAUUACCUGUGCUGGGCAAAUGUGGGGACUGGCUCAAUGGCAAAAAGGCAGACCGUGCUUGCAAGCGGAGACUGUCUGCACACAGACAGUUCCAUUAUUAUUUCCAACCCUACAGCUCCAUGAUUCUUUCCACAAGGGGGGGAAAAAACCACAUUUUCAAAAUAUUAUAUUUUAAUUAUUUAAUUAUAUUUUCACACACACACACACACAUUUCACAGAUUUUACAUUCAUUUUGACAUUUGAAAACUUGACUUCCUACCCCCUCCUUCUGAGUAGAACAACCUUGGAAAGGUGUAAAUCCCUCCCUGGAGUUAUUUUACAUGAAUUUCUAGAGGUUUUCACUACAAAUGUGUCAAAAGUGGUUUUGAUUGCCUGUUCUCACGUCCCCUUAUUCCCAGUGGUGCUUCUGAUUACUUCAACUGAGCCGAGUCUGGCUUGAGAGCUGCAGUACCUGUGUAGCCCUCCUCAGGGGCGCUGUUCCGUAACUCCCAUUGGAUCAGUAGCUGUCAACAUAAGGGGACUUUAUUGGCUGCUAGUUUGACAUUUAUACUCCUGUUGUUAUUGCUGGAGGAGACUCUUGAGAGUCCCAUGGACUGCAAGAAGAUCAAACCUAUCCGUUCUGAAGGAAAUCAGCCCUGAGUGCUCACUGGAAGGACAGAUCCUGAAGCUGAGGCUCCAAGACUUUGGCCACCUCAUGAGAAGAGAAGACUCCCUGGAAAAGACCCUGGUGUUGGGAAAGACUGAGGGCACAAGAAGAAGGGGAUGACAGAGGACGAGAGAUUGGGACAGUGUUCGUGCAGCGACCCGCAUGAGUUUGACCAAGCUGCGGGAGGCAGUGGAAGACAGGAGUGCCUGGCGUGCUCUGGUCCAGGGGGUCACGAAGAGUCGGACACGACCAAACAACAACAUGAAUGGUGCCUGGUGAUUGGCCAGGUGUUUUAUGAAUGGAAAGGUCGGCACAAGCGCUCUACCCUUAUCUACGGGUGAGGUUUGGAUAAGGAGAGAAAAAGGGACAGUAUAGUCAAAGGGGUGCCCAUGAGGUGCGGUUUAAGGCCCAGUAUCCUGUUUAAGGAAUGCCCAUUUUUCCGGAGGAGCAAGGCUUUCCUGCGCUUCUCCUUUGAAAGUAUCAGGACUCAAUUCUCCAUCCCUGGAUUACUGCCCUUGAUCGCCUCCUGCCUCCUAUUGUGAGGCUAAAUUCACACCUUAUGGAGAGGCAAGGAGUAUGUGACCUCAUGCUUAAGGGAUUAUGGAGGAGGUGAGCCCUGAAUACCCCUCUUCCAGAGGAGUUAUUAACCAUUGGAACCAAGGAAAUCAGUCAAACCGCUGAAAUUUGGUGAUUAUUUGUGAAGAGUCUACCUUUUCUAUACUGUAUUGGAUAUGCAGAGGAAACAGAAAGAUACAUGUUGUUGUUUAGUCGUGUCCGCCUCUUUGUGACCCCCUGGACCAGAGCACGCCAGGCCCUCCUGUCUUCCACUGCCUCCCCCAGUUUGGUCCAACUCAUGCUGGUAGCUUCGAGAACACUGUCCCACCAUCUCCUCCUCUGUCGUCCCCUUCUCAUGACUUUAAAAUUCUUAUAACAGUUGCUCUCGGAUCUCCUCUCCGUCUCCUCUUUCCCAGGCUCAACAUCCCCAGCUCCUUCCUUGGGCUGCUUCUUCUCCUCCCGGCUGCUCCUCCUCCUGCUUCUGGCCUGGGCUGGGGGCAGUUCAGGUGGUCUCCCAAAGGAAGCAUCUCACCGCCAGUGGAAACAGGACAAUGCAGGGAUCUCCUUCUUGCUAGGGUUUUACAGGCUGCUUUUCUGCAUGUCUGGGGCUUGUGUAAAAGCGGAAGGGAAACGGUCGGGCUCCUUGUCCUGGCCUUAGUUCGAGGCUGGGGGGGGGGGCUCGGGAUUUUUGGGGAGUCGUCGAACUGCCCAGGGGGGGAGAGAGCGGCAGGCGGGGGGGGAGGGAGGUUUCUGCCGAGGGUGGGGGUCAGGGAUGCUGCCUGGCAGGGGCUGGACUAGAUGCCCCCCGGGCUCCCUUCCAGACUCUCCCAUGCUCAGUUGCUCUCGGAUCUCCUCUCGUCUCCUCUUUCCCAGGCUCAACAUCCCCAGCUCCUUCCUUGGGCUUCUUCUUCUCUCCUCCCGGCUGCUCCUCCUCCUGCUUCUGGCCUGGGCUGGGGGCAGUUCAGGUGGUCUCCCAAAGGAAGCCUCUCACCGCCAGUGGAAACAGGACAAUGCAGGGAUCUCCUUCUUGCUAGGGUUUUACAGGCUGCUUUUCUGCAUGUCUGGGGCUUGUGUAAAGGCGGAAGGGAAACGGUCGGGCUCCUUGUCCUGGCCUUAGUUCGAGGCUGGGGGGGGGGGCUCGGGAUUUUUGGGGAGUCGUCUAACUGCCCAGGGGGGGAGAGAGCGGCAGGCGGGGGGGGGAGGGAGGUUCCUGCCGAGGGUGGGGGUCAGGGAUGCUGGAGCUGAGCUUCCUGCCUGGCAGGGGUGGACUAGAUGCCCCCCGGGCUCCCUUCCAGACUCUCCUACGUGAGGGUCCCCUGCUUCUUGGGGGGGGGUCUCCCAAAAGAAGCAUCUGGGGGGGCGAUGAACGUGGUUCCUUCCUUGGAGGAGGAGGUUCCGCUCGGCUUGCCAUGGGUUAAAAGCAGCAGAGCUGGAUUCCUAGAGAGGACCGGAAGUGGCGUCGUGGGGUGGCCGAGGUCCUCCCUGGCCCAGGCCCCUCCCUGGCCGGCCCCCCUUCUGCCCGCCGAGGGGCUGCUCGGUCUCCCUCUCGGGGUGAGUCUCGCCGUGGGGAGAAGGGGGGGCGGGGGGGGCUGGUCAGAUCCUGCAGGGGGGGGCGAGGGGGCCAGGGCUCUGCCCCGCUCUCCUUGCUUGGCACCCGGGCGCCGCUUGUCCCCUUGGGGAGGGAGGGGUCGGGGGGGGCCCGGAUAAAGCCCUGGGCUCUCCUUAAAGGGUUGGAGGGUCUUCCUCCUCUUGCCAGGUCCCUCCAGCAUUGCUUCUGUGUCUUUUCUUCUGGCAGAUCAAGGAGACCAGAAGACAGCAGAAACUGCAAAGUUAUUAGCAGGGCAAAUAGAGUAAGAGAGAUUACAGUGGUACCUCGGGUUACGUACGCUUCAGGUUACAUACACUUCAGGUUACAGACUUUGCUUUGCUUCAGGAUGAGAACAGAAAUUGCGUGGCUGCAGCAGGAGGCCCCAUUAGCUAAAGUGGUGCUUCAGGUUAAGAACAGUUUCAGGUUAAGAACGGACCUCCAGAACGAAUUAAGUACGUAACUAGAGGUACCACUGUAUUGGAUUUACUUUCUAACAUUGCUCAGGGAAGCCUAUUAGGCUCACAUGUUUCCUCUGCGCCUAAAUCGCCAGCUAUCAGUUUGGUCAUUUGUAUCAAUGUCAACCUCCGAGACAUAUUUUGUAUAACAAACAUUUAUACUCUAUCCCCCAAAUGUGUUAUCUUAUUGCUAUUGCUAGUGGCUCAUGUAAAUAAAGUAUCUAUCUAUCUCUCUUUUCAAAAAACCCACAGCAACCCUGCGCUUCCCCACGAGGCACGUCCAGCUCCCAGGGCUCCCUCCCGCCAGAGUGAAUUUGCCUUCAGCCGAGACCCCAAAGGGUCCCCAAAUCAGCCGCUCUGGCGUAGGCCAGGUGACGGGAGUGGGAUGAAGGGGGUGGUGGUCCUGUGCUGGCAAGCGGAGCCUUCAGGCCACCUGGCUCCCAGUCUCUGGAAAGGGCUCCUAGCCCAGGGUUUGAGCAUCUUCUGCACCAUUCGCAGGGGGUCUCCCAGGGGGACACACUCCAGGGUCACCCAGAGAGCUUGAGGACUGAGUGGGGAUUUGAACCCUGAUCUCCCUGGUCCUUGUCUGACACUCUACAGUUUUUGAUCUGAGUUUCCAUUGAAAUGAGGCUGCAUUUUAAUGUUUUAAUAUUGUAUUUUAAUCUUGUUUUAAAGUUGUAUUUCAAUCAGUUUGUUUUUAUAUCGGUUGUUAGCCAUCCUGAGGCCGGUCUUGGCUGGGGAGGGCGGGGUAUAAAUAAAGUUUAUUAUUAUUAUUAUUAUUAUUAUUACCACUACACCUGGAGUACUUCUGCUUUGGGGCAGCUAUAAGACAGGUAAAUAAAUACAGUGGAUGCUCGGGUUGUGAACGUGAUCCGUGUGGGAGGCACGUUCGCAACCUGAAGUGCCACGUCUGCACACACACAGGUCGCAAUUUGGCUCUUCUGCGCAUGCACAAAGCGCAAUUUAGUGCUUCUGCACAUGCGUGAGCACCAAAACCCGGAAGUAACCCGUUCUGGUACUUCCGGGUUCGGCGCAGUGCGCAACCCGAAAACACACAACCUGAAGCAUCUGUAACCCAAGGUAUGACUGUAUUGGCAUAGCAGCCAGUUCCUACGCCAGGCGAGCCUCCCUGGGGAGAACAUUCAAUGAUGGGGAGCCACUGCAGAGAAGGCCCUCCAGGCAUCACAAGGUGAUCUCAGGGUCCAGGUACGUUCAUAUGGAAAGAGGUGGUCCUUGAGGCAUUGUGGCCCUGAGCCGUCAAAAUCAGCACUUUGAGCAAACUGGCUGCUGAAUUCUGCACUGGCAGAAGUUUCCAAACCUUCCCCAGAGGCAGCCCUAUGUACAAUGCAUUGCAGCAAUCUAACCUUGAGGUUACCAGAGCAUAGACAACAGUAGUCAGGAUGUCCGGAUAGGGGCACAACUGGGCCACCAGCUGAAGCUGAUGGAAGACACACCAGGCCACUGAGGCCAGCUGAGCCUCAGGGGAUAGCAAAGGAUCCAGGAGGACCCCCAAGCUAUGAACCUGCUCCUUCAGAGGAAGGGUAACCCCAGCAAGAGCAGGCGACCUCCCAGCCAUCUGGUCUAGGGAACCACUCACUAACAAGGCUUCAGUCUUGUCUGGAUUGAGUUUCAGUUUGAGCUGGGUGUCAUCAGAUCUCCAGAUAACCCCACCCAGAGGUUUCAUGUAGAUGUUGAACAGCAUAGGGGAUAGGAUUGAGCCCUGAGGAACCCCACAUUGAAGGCUCCAUGGGGCUUCCCAAGUAGUUCCCUCUGGGAACGUUCAUCCCAGUAGAACCAGAACCACUGCAAAGGGGGGCCACCCACCCCUAACUGGGACAGGCGCUCCAGGAAGAUGCCACAGUCGAUGGUAUCAAAAGCCGCUGAGAGGUUGAGGAGAAUUAACAGGGACAUGUUUCCCCUGUCUCUCUCUUGACAGAGGUCACCAUACAGGGUGACCAAAGUGAUUUCUGUGUCAAAACCAGGCCUAAAGCACAACUGAAAUGGAUCUUGAAAACUGGCCAGUUUUUUUGAGCAUGCAGGCUUUUUCAAGGAAGGUUUUACUUCUCCUGAUGGUUUAUAAUUUUACAACAGAGCAACACAUUUCUGUUGUAGGAUUUGUUGGCACCUCUGAUUCGCACAGACAGAACGUGGCAGAAGAUUCCUUCUGAUCUCUUGGAGACUUCCUGAGAGCAGAGAUGGAUGAGCAAGACUCAGUUGGUCCUGAAGUGGGAAGAGACCAUGAUAUGCAAACUGGGAGCAGCGGGGGAUUAUGGGAAAACUCCAUGCAAAGGUUCCUGGGUGAGGAGGACAUUCCCCGCUCUGAUGUACGGAGCCAGCCGUUCAGGAAGUUCUGCUACCAAGAGGCCGAAGGACCCCGAGAGGUUUGCAGCCGGUUCUGCCAACUAGACCAUCAGUGGCUGAAGCCAGAAAGACAUACGAAAGCUGAGAUGCUGGACCUGGUGAUCUUGGAGCAGUUCCUGGCUGUCCUUCCCCUGGAGAUGGAGAGCUGGGUGAGGGACUGUGGAGCGGAGACCAGUUCCCAGGCAGUGGCCCUGGCUGAAGGUUUCCUCCUGAGUCAGGCAGAGGAGAGGGAGCAGGCAGAGCAGCAGGUGAGAGAGACUUUCCUCUGGAAACUCCCAGUGAGUUCCAAACAAGAGGAGAGUAUUCCAAAAUGCCCUACUAAUGGAAAGCAUCCUAAAGUUUUUGCCUCUUCUGAAUCUGUGUUGUUCUUUCAGAGAAAGGAUCUGUUAGCAGAAAUGGGUCCUGAUUCCUCUGCAGCAGAAAGGACUCCGUUGGGCACCGGAGAGAGGCCAAUGGGUAAGGAGGAAGGAGUUUUUACUCUGUCAUAUUUAGUGGAUUUUGAAACUAAUAAUUUGGGGGUGGGUUUCAUGUUUUGGAGGGACAGAGGAGCGGGGACAGUGUUUUAACACAAAUAAAAUAUGAAAUGGAUAGAAAUGUCAAAAUGCCCUUAGCAGGUGAGACUUUUUUCUGAGGCUCGUCUGUAGUUCGAGAUGCACAGCUGAAUCUCAGAGAGAACAAUACACUCUGGGUUUCCCAGUUAACUUUGUCUCUCGCAGGUGAGAGAACGAUGGCAGCAAGACCUCCUCCUCCGUCUUUUCAUGGUGGCGAAGGGGAAGCAGCGGCUGUGGAACCAGAUCAGGUAGGGGGAAGGAGACGUGUGGGGAAAGAGGCCGAGGGGUGGGGCAGCCAGGUGUUGUUGUUGUUUAGUCGUUUAGUCGUGUCCGACUCUUCGUGACCCCCUGGACCAGAGCACGCCAGGCCCUCCUGUCUUCCACUGCCUCCCGCAGAUUGGUCAGACUCAUGUUUGUAGCUUCGAGAACACCGUCCAACCAUCUCGUCCUCCGUCGUCCCCUUCUCCUUGUGCCCUCCAUCUUUCCCAACAUCAGGGUCUUUUCCAGGGAGUCUUCUCUUCUCAUGAGGUGGCCAAAGUCUUGGAGCUUCAGGAUCUGUCCUUCCAGUGAGCACUCAGGGCUGAUCUCCUUAAGAAUGGAUACGUUUGAUCUUCUUGCAGUCCAUAGGACUCUCAAGAGUCUCCUCCAGCACCAUAAUUCAAAAGCAUCAAUUCUUCGGCGAUGAGCCUUCUUGAUAGUCCAGCUCUCACUUCCAUACAUCACUACUGGGAAAACCAUGGCUUUUACUAUACGGACCUUUGUUGGUAAGGUGACUCUGGGCCUAAACAAAUCUCUCUCUUCCUUUUGGCUUCCAUCAUGGUUGCCGUCAACAAAGGUUGAAACUAGUAUUAUUUGUCAGUAGCUGCAGUUUUCUUCAUAUAUUUAACACUGAACGCUAAUAGAAGCUUUUAAGCCAGUGUUUCUCAACAUUGGGUCCCCAUAUGUUGUUGGGUUACAACUCCCAUCAUCCCUGAGCUCUUGCCUUGCUAGCUAAGGGUGAUGGGAGUUGUAGGCCAAAAAUAUCUGGGGACCCAAGGUUGAGAAAGGCUGUAAUCUAAGCAGUUGACCAAGCAUAAAAAGUGACCAGGAUUCACCCAGCGAGUCUCAUCAGCUGCACAUUGUGGUGUUUCACCAUUUGCAGAAAGGUAAAUUGCUGUUUUUGGCCUCCAUCUGACUCAAGAGUCUGCUGUGGCUGCAGAGACUAGUAACUUGACCUCCUUGGGGCGCAAGCCUGAGCAGUGUGGAUGGAGGUCCUGGGCUGUCCAGACGGCAAAAGCCCACUCUUGGGCUCUCUGAUGUGGUCCAAAGGAAAGCAGAGCAAGAUGUUUGGCAUCAGCUGAGCUGUAGGAGUUGCUGGAAGUAGGUGUACAAGGCUCUAUCCAACUGCCUUAGGGACUCCAUUCCAGAUUUGUGUUGGCUUCACUCCGUAGCCUUUUCUUCUCCCAAAGAUAUCCCACAGGGCGGAGGAGGUUUAGGAUCAACGUUUUCCUUCUCUUAGUUGGGCUCCCUUCCCAGGUGGACGAACCUCAUCUGCUCCUCUCUUCCCUCUGAAGAACAGGAAGCAACCACCAACUUGACUGUGGGACCUACUCUUGGUAUCUUCUGCUCAAUGUGCUGAAAUGUCUUAGCAUGGACAGGGAAGUCCCUGACUCAUUGGCUCUUCUCAGCUGGUUUAGCCGGUCAGUCAAAGCCGUUCCCAGGAUUGUGGCCGCUGUCUCAUCCUGACAGCUUCUAGGAAACGCAGGUGAGAGUGGAGUGCAGUCUCCAGGGCCAGAUGAACUGCAUCCAAGAGUAUUAAAAGAACUGGCAGAUGUGAUCUCAGAACCACUGGCAGUCAUUUGAGAAUUCCUGGAGAAUAGGCAAAGUCCCGGCAGACUGGAGGAGGGCAAAUGUUGUCCCUAUUUUCAAAAAGGGGAAAAGAGAGGACCCAAAUAAUUAUCGCCCAGUCAGUCUGACAUCAAUACCAGGGAAGAUUCUGGAGCAGAUCAUUAAGCAAACAGUCUGUGAGCACCUAGAAAGGAAUGCUGUGAUCACCAAUAGUCAGCAUGGAUUUCUGAAAAAUAAGUCAUGUCAGACUAACCUGAUCUCGUUUUUUGACAGAAUUACAAGCCUGGUAGAUGAAGGAAAUGCAGUGGAUGUAGCCUACCUUGAUUUCAGCAAGGCAUUCGACUAGGUGCCCCAUGAUAUUCUUGUAAAGAAGCUGGUAAAAUGCGGUCUUGACUAUACUACCACUCAGUGGAUUUGUAACUGGCUGACUGACCGAACCCAAAGGGUGCUCAUCAAUGGUUCCUCUUCAUCCUAGAGAAGAGUGACUAGUGGGGUGCCACAGGGUUCUGUCUUGGGCCCGGUCUUAUUCAACAUCUUUAUCAACGACUUGGAUGAUGGACUCAAGGGCAUCCUGAUCAAAUUUGCAGAUGACACCAAACUGGGAGGGGUGGCUAACACCCCAGAGGACAGGAUCACACUUCAAAAUGACCUUGACAGAUUAGAGAACUGAGCCAAAACAAACAAGAUGAACUUUAACAGGGAGAAAUGUAAAGUAUUGCACUUGGGCAAAAAAAAUGAGAGGCACAAAUACAAGAUGGGUGACACCUGGCUUGAGAGCAGUACAUGUGAAAAGGAUCUAGGAGUCUUGGUUGACCACAAACUUGACAUGAGCCAACAGUGUGACGCGGCAGCUAAAAAGCCAAUGCAAUUCUGGGCUGCAUCAAUAGGAGUAUAGCAUCUAGAUCAAGGGAAGUAAUAGUGCCACUGUAUUCUGCUCUGGUCAGACCUCACCUGGAGUACUGUGUCCAGUUCUGGGCACCACAGUUCAAGAAGGACACUGACAAACUGGAACGUGUCCAGAGGAGGGCAACCAAAAUGGUCAAAGGUCUGGAAACGAUGCCUUAUGAGGAAUGGCUAAGGGAGCUGGGCAUGUUUAGCCUGGAGAAGAGGAGGGAAGGGGUGAUAUGAUAGCCAUGUUCAAAUAUAUAAAAGGAUGUCACAUAGAGGAGGGAGAAAGGUUGUUUUCUGCUGCUCCAGAGAAGCGGACACGGAGCAAUGGAUCCAGACUACAAGAAAGAAGAUUCCACCUAAACAUUAGGAAGAACUUCCUGACAGUAAGAGCUGUUCGGCAGUGGAAUUUGCUGCCAAGGAGUGUGGUGGAGUCUCCUUCUUUGGAGGUCUUUAAGCAGAGGCUUGACAACCAUAUGUCAGGAGUGCUCUGAUGGUGUUUCCUGCUUGGCAGGGGGUUGGACUCGAUGGCCCUUGUGGUCUCUUCCAACUCUAUGAUUCUAUGAUUCUAUGAAACUACUUGUACUUGUCCUCCGCUCUUCCUCAGUAGCAUGUUGGACGCCUUCCGACCUGAGAGGCUCACCUUCCAGCGUCAUAACUUUUAUAUGCCUGUUGCCUUUGUCCAUGGAGUUUUCUUGGCAGGGAUACUGGAGUGGCUUGCCGGUUCCUGCUCCAGGUGGAUCACGUUUGGUCAAAACUCUCCACUAUGACCUGUCCAUCUUGGGUGGCACUGCACGGCAUAGCUCAUAGCUUCUCUGAGUUAUUCAAGCCCCUUCACCACGGCAAGGCAGUGAUCCAUGAAGGGGUCACCAGGGCUAGCUGGCUAAAUUAGUCCUAUUUGGGCCAGCAAGUUGGGGAGAAUUAGUUGUGGGAUCCCAGAGUGGGUAAUCUUAAUAAAAAGGGGAGGGGGAGGGAAGGAAGGGGAAUAAAAGAUCAGGCUAAGUUCAAAUUGAAAGCCAGGCGGAAUAGCUCUGUCUUACAGGCCCUGCGGAAGGAGGUUAAAUCCUGCAGGGCCCUGGUCUCCUGGGACAGAACAUUCCACCAGGUCGGAGCCAUCACUGAGGAGGCCGUGGCCCUGGUGAAGGAUAAUUUGACUUCCUUAGGGCCCAGGACUCUAAACUGUGAUUAUUCAUGGACCUUAAGGUCCUCUGCAGGGCAGACCAGGAGAGGCGGUCCCGUAAAUACAAGGGCCCUAAGCCACAAAGGGCUUUAAAGGUCAAGACCAGCACCUUAAACCUGACCCAGUGCAACUGGUAAAGCACUGGGUGAAUAUGCUCCCAUGGAAGAACCUCGUGAGGAGCCUCGCUGCAGCAUUCUGCACCCGCUGGAGUUUGUGGGACAGUUUCAAGGGCAGCCCUGUGUAGAGUGAAUUACAGUAGUCAAGCCUGGAGGUGACCACCGCGUGAAUCACUGUGGCCAGGUCGGGGCGGGAAAGGUAAGGGACCAACUGCUUAAUGCGGUGAAGGUGGAAAAAUGUCGCCCCAUCUGCUCCUCUCUUCCUCCUACAAACACAUGCAGCAGCCACCAUCUUGACUUUGGGACCCACUCUUGGUCUCAUCCGCUCAGUCUCUUGAAGUCUAUCUUCACAUGCAAGACACAUUACUAACUUACUGAGGGUUGGCUCUUCUCACCUGGUUUAGCCAUCCAGUCAAAGCCGUUCCCAGAUUGUGGCCGCUGUCUCAUGCGGACAGCUUCUAGGAGCCACAGGUGAGAGCAGAGUGCAGGAUGAGGAUCAAAGGUGGACAAACUACCCCAGAAGGAGCAGGAUGUGUUCCCCACCAAGGGUACUGUCACCCCACAAGGAUGAAUACCCAUCAUUAAAAUACACAAUAAAAGAAUUCCACUGAGAUGUUAAAAUAAGCAUCUAUGUUUAACAUGUGCACAAAACAAUCCCAUUCAAACAUGAUCACAACAGAGCAAUGUGGAGUAGAUCAUCUUUAUGUUGUCUAAGAGGAGGACAUUUCCCUCUUUCUUUUAGGAUCCAGUGUGCUUUGAAGAUGUUGCUGUUCGUUUCACAGACGAGGAAUGGGCGUUGCUGGAUCCUGACCAAAGAGCUCUGCAUAAGGACGUCAUGGAGGAGAAUCGGGGGAUCCUGCACUCUCUCCGUAAGGCUUUCUGCUGGAUCAUAAGAUCUGUUUUGAAAUUCCAUGCAUUGCUCUAUGUGAGGAACUGCCAAUAUUGUGAUGCAGUUCGACAAGCAUCUGGGAUUCUAACAUCCCCACCUUGAACCCUGAAUGCAGGGAUUUACUCUGUUUGUUAAUAUUCUUCCUCCAGUUAUCAUCAUCAUCAUUUGUAUGCUGCCUUUCCACAGUUAAAACAAAGCUCAAGGCGGCUUACAAUAUGAAAAGAUUUACAAAAUUACAAAUAUAUCAAAGUAAUCAUCAAAAUAAAUAAAACACAUGAAAAACUUUGAAACUGAACAAUUUAAACAUAAAAAUAAAACAGCAAAAACUCCCAACAAAUUUUCCCCCAAAAUUCCCUAGUCCUUGCCGAGCAGCAGCCGCAGCAGCAGUUUUUAUGAGGCCAGGAAGUUAUGGCUUUUAAAACAGUGACCAGGGGGUCUGAACCAACCAGGUCUACUUAAAUGCAGACUGUGGAGUUAUAUGGGAAGUUGAGGUAACUUAUGUCAGCUUAUGAGGUUUUGUUUUUGCUUCUGCCCAUUUUUGAAAGAGAAGACCGAUGUUAGAGUUGGAGUGGAUUUCAUGAUUGUGGCAAACUAAAUCCGUCCUAGAAAAGAGCCAGACUUUUUGAACCUCUGGUUUCCAUAAAUAUAUUUUUCACUCCAUAAGACACACUUACAGAGCGAAUGCGUAGUCCUUGGAGCCGAAUUGCCCAGGGGCAAAAAGCAGAUCAUGCUUUUUUUUAAAAAAAGAGGGAGGUGGGUGUUGAAACAAAGCCGCUCAUCGGCAAGCGACCGGGAGUGAGACAAGGGACGCUAGCAAUAAAGGAGGCUGCCUGGGAGGGGGAGGGGAAAGCCCAUGGAUCCUCAGGAUUUUUGCAUUGGGUCACCCCAAAUUCACCAUCAGAUCACGUAGCAUGUCCAUGGCUACAGCCUGCACCAAAAAAAGUCAUGCACCCACUGUUGCGUGGGGCCACAAUGGCUCAAAAACGUGGUUACAAAGCAUGGAUCCACAUGGAUCCUCAGGAUUUUUGCAUUGGGCUACCCCAAACUCACCAUCAAAUCACAUGUCUGUGGCCACAGCAUGAACCACAAAAAUCAUACAUCCACUGUUUCGUUCAGAAUAUUUUUUUUCUUAUAUUCCUCCUCUAAAAACUAGGUGCGUCGUAUGGUCAGGUGCGUCUUAUGGUCAGGUGCGUCUUAUGGAGCGAAAAAUACGUAUGUCCGAGAAUGCUGUUCAAUAAAGACCAUGACCUUUCUAGAAAGACCUCACGUCUUCCGUUCUUCCUGUUUCACAAAAGUUCAUUAGCAUUGUUUAAUAAUUGGGGGCUCUGUUUCUUCCUGAGGAUCUAAUUAGAUUCUCUCUUCAUUGUAGGUGGUGAUGGAUUGGAAAUGAAGAAUGGAGACCACAAGAGAAUCCACACAGUGGAGAAGCCAUAUCAAUACUGGGAGUGUGGAGAGAGCUCCAGUCAGAGCUCCUGUUGCCAUCGAAGAAAGCACAGUGGGAAGAAAGGCUAUCAGUGCUCAGAAUGUGGGAAGAGCUUCAGUCACAGCGCCACUCUCACUUCUCAUCAAAGAAUUCAUACAGGAGAGAAACCCUAUAAGUGCUUGGAAUGUGGGAAGAGCUUCCGUCAGAGGACCAACCUAAAGACCCAUCAAAGAAUUCAUACAGGAGAGAAACCAUAUCAGUGCUUGGAAUGUGGAAAGAGCUUUAAUACGAGCACAAAUUUUCAUCGACAUCAAAGUAUUCAUCUUGGGGAGAAACCAUUUAAAUGCCAAGAGUGUGGAAAGAGCUUCAGUCGGAGUGCCCAUCUCAUGGGCCAUCAAAUUAUUCAUACAGGGAAGAAACCGUAUCAAUGUCUGGAAUGUGGAAAGAGUUUCAGUCACAGCGCCACUCUCUCUUCCCAUCAAAGAAUUCAUACAGGAGAGAAACCCUAUAAGUGCUUAGAAUGUGGAAAGAGCUUUAAUACAAGCACAAACGUUCAUCGACAUCAAAGUAUUCAUCGUGGGGAGAAACCAUUUAAAUGCCAAGAGUGUGGAAAGAGCUUCAGUCAAAGUACGAAAUUCACGGCCCAUCAAAGAACUCACAGUGGGGAGAAACCCUAUCGUUGCUUAGAAUGUGGUAAGAGUUUCAGUGUAAGCACCUAUCUCACUUCCCAUCAAAGAAUUCAUACAGGGGAGAAACCCUAUCAGUGCUUGGAAUGUGGAAAGAGCUUCAGUCACAGGGCCCAUCUCACCGUCCACCAAAUAAUUCAUACAGGGGAUAAACCAUAUCAGUGUUUAGAAUGCAGAAAGAGCUUCAGUCAGAGGGCCCAUCUCACAGCCCACCAAAUAAUUCACACAGGGGAGAAGCCCUAUCAAUGCUUGGAAUGUGGAAAGAACUUUAGUCGGAAGGAGAGUCUCACUUCCCAUCGAAGAAUUCAUACAGGGGAGAAACCAUAUCAGUGCUUGGAAUGCGGAAAGAAAUUCCAUCAGAAGGAAACUCUCAAUUCCCAUCAAAAAAUUCAUACAAAGGAGAAACCUUAUCAGUGCUUUGAAUGUGGAAAGAGCUUCAAGUUCAAGAGGAGUCUCACAUCCCAUCAGAGAAUUCAUACGGGGGAGAAACCAUAUCAGUGCUUGGAAUGUGGACAGAGCUUCAGCCAGAGGACAAUUCUCACUUCCCACCAGAGAAUUCAUACGGGGGAGAAACCCUAUCAGUGCUUGGAAUGUGGACAGAGCUUCAGCCAGAAGGUAAGUCUCACUUCACAUCAACUAAUUCACAGUGGAGAGAAACCAUUUCGAUGCCCAGAGUGUGGAAAGAGCUUCACGCAGAGGACAGGUCUUAUGCUCCAUCAAAGAAUUCAUACAGGGCAAAAAACAUUUCAGUGCUUGGAAUGUGGAAAGAGGUUCCGUCGGAACUCCCAUCUCACUUCCCAUCAAAUAAUUCAUACAGGAGAGAAACCAUUUAAAUGUGAAGAAUGCGGAAAGAGCUUCAGUCAUAAGGUCAGUCUUACUUACCAUCAGAGAGUUCAUACAGGGGAGAAACCCUACCAGUGUUUGGAAUGUGGAAAGAGCUUCAAUCAGAGAGCCGGUCUCACUUCCCAUCAAAAAAUUCAUACAGGGGAGAAACCACAUCAGUGCUUGGAAUGUGGGAAGAGCUUCAGUCAUAGGGCCAAUCUCACUUCUCAUCAAAUGAUUCAUACAGGGGAGAAACCAUAUCAGUGCUCAGAGUGUGGAAAGAGCUUCCGUCAGGGGGCAAAGCUCACUUACCAUCAAAUAAUUCAUACAGGAGAAAAACCAUAUGAGUGCUUGGAAUGUGGACAGAGUUUCAGCCAGAAGGGAAGUCUCACUUACCAUCAGAAAAUUCAUACAGGGGAGAAACCAUAUCAAUGCUCGGAAUGUGCAAAGAGUUUUAAUAAAAUCACAAACCUUCGUCAACAUGAGAGAAUUCACAGUGGGGAGAGACCCUAUCAGUGCUCCGAAUGCGGAAAGAGCUUCAGUCAGAGCUCCCAUCUCACUUCCCAUCAGAUGAUUCAUACAGGGGAGAAACCCUAUCAGUGCUCGGAAUGUGGGAAAAGCUUCAUUCAGAGCACCCAACUCACUUCCCAUCAAAGAAUUCAUACAGGGGAGAAACCAUAUCAGUGCCUGGAAUGUGGAAAAAGCUUCAGUUGGAAAGAAGGUCUCACUUCCCAUCAAAUAAUUCACAGUGGGGAGAUACCAUUUCAAUGCCAAGAAUGUGGAAAGAGCUUCACAAGGAGGGCAGGUCUCACUUUGCAUCAAAGAAUUCAUACAGGGCAGAAACCCUAUCAGUGCUUGGAAUGUGGAAAGAGCUUCAGUCGGAAGGAUAGUCUCAAUUUACAUGCAAGAACUCACACGGGGAGAAAACAUUUUAAUGCUAGAAAUGUGGAAACAGCUUCACCUUCAACUGGAAUCUAGCUCCCCAUCAAACAAUCCAUACAAAGCAUAUCAGGGCUGAAAAUGUAGGGAAGACUAAUAAAGAUCCAUACUUCCAUCAACAGCACAGUGGGUAAUUUGGGGAGAAAGUAUUUCAUUGCCAAGAACGUGGAAAGAGUUUAAGUCAGAGGAAAAUUCUCACACCCAGUCAAAAAACUCACGGCAGGGCAAAGCUAUAUUAGUGCAUGGAAUGUGGAAAGAGCUUUAGUAAAGGCGCCAGUGUCACAUCCCAUUAAUCAAUUUACAGUGAAUAGAAACAUAGUAAUGGGUGUGUAUUAUUUUAAGGGAGACUUUGAUUUUUACAGGGGCAACAAUUGGAACAAUGCUCUUCUUAUUCAGCAACCCAGCACCAGAUCUUGACUAGGGGCACAUUUUUGUCAGUGUCUCGCAAAUAUUCCCCAAGUAGGUGACCUUGUUCUGCUUCCUCCCCAGUGAUAACAGAGACUAAGUCCAACACAACAAAUGAGGUACUUUUGAAACCAUUCUGGGUGGCAGGGUCUCCAGCCAAGGCCUUGUGACCCGUUUCAUAUGAGGUCUUGUGUCCCGCAUAUUGUUGGUUCUAACCUUGUGAAGUUUUGCUCUUCUCCAGAUUUGAAAACCACUUUCUCCAAUUAAACGUGAUAGCAGUCUCGCUGCUGCAAUCAUUUACUGAAGUAAUCUUCCAUAAUCCUUUUGUAAUAGUGUGUCCAGAAAGAGUUCUGCUUUCAACUGAACUUUGUUUGUUUGUUUGUUGUUGUUUGUAUAUAAAAAUUGCUUUUAUUUUUUAUUUAUGUCAUUUAAAUUGUGAUUCAUAUUAAUGCUGUAUUCUUAGUUUUAGAUUUUAUUAUUUAUGUGGAAAUUGUUUUCUGUUUGGUUGUGUACUUUUUGAGGUGUUUUAUUUAUUGUUUAUGACUUUUGUUAUGUUGGUAAUUAUCUAAAUCUUGUCACCUUGAGUAUUGUUUUAACUAUGGAAAGGCGGCAUACAGAUAAAAAAUGAGGAGGAGGAUGAUGAAUAUUAAGUUUAAAAACCUGCUGUAUCGAUGUAUGUAUUUGAAUCUAAUAUAUUUUUUAGCCUUUUUACAUGUCCACCCAGCAUGA